GAGUCCAUGAACAGCCACCAGGCAAGAGUAGCCGGUUCAAAUUUGCAACUCCUCCAAUCUUCUAUGCUCCUCCUUCCGCCUGACUGCCCUCAUAAUAAAGCGCGAGGACCCGAUCAACGAAAUCACUGACCAAAGCAUCGGUCUGGAUUAUCCUCGAGCCGGGCACCGGAGUACAUACAGUGUCGCAACCACCCAAGCACCUCCUACAGCAAACCACAUUUGAGAACCAGGUGUUGUACUUGACAAUACCCCGAAAGACAGGAAGAAGCAAACCAAACACAAACAGUAUGGCAACCGACACUACCAGCACCACGCCAACCCUACCGAAACUCGCCCUCUUUGGUACCACCGCCCUCUCGUCCCCUGUCCCAUCUACCACCACCGGCGGCGGCAGCGGUCAACAACAUCAACAGCACCAGUACCUCGCCUGCAAUCCGGUCAUCGACCUGACCGCUGCUGUGGGUGAUGGGGGCGCGGCACUGCAUGUCUGGCGGUGCGGCGACCAGAGCGUGUCCAAGUAUGUGGAACGUGGAAGGAGAGUGGAGGCUGUGCGGUGGAAGGGGGACGGGCAGUACCUCGCUGCGGGAUGGAGUGACGGCGUGGUGAGGCUGAUGGGGUUGGAGAGCACCAAGGCGGUGCACCAUAUUCGGGUGUUUGAGGGGGAGGGUGGUGGUAGUAAUGGGGAUGUGCAGAGGAUAGAGUUCAUUGCUUGGGAGCGGAAUAGUACUGGGGAGGGGAGGAGGAGGAGGAGGGAAAAGGUGAAGAAGAGGGAGAGGCUUGGGUCGGGGAGGAAGAUUUUGUUGGACGGGGAGAGGACCAGCGAUGUGGCGGUCGAUCUGCCGCAUGAGUUGAUGUUCCUGGAGGUGGAGACGGCGCUGCCCAAGCUGAGCCCGUUGCCUGUCUCGGGCGGGUCGGGGGAUGACAUGUUCCUGUUUUCGUCGACGGCAUCGCUCGAGGCUGUAUUUCGCCCUUGCAGGGCCGAGGACACAGACGACGUGCAUGUCAUGGUUGUUGGCAUGGCGGACGGCGGGAUCCACCUCAGCAUCUACGACUCUUUUGUCAUCGGCACGGUGAGGCACUCACCCCGAGGGAAUGGGGUCUUUCAGCUGUGCGGGCACGGCUCACACCCGGAGAGCCCCAACCACAUGUUGCUUCUUCGGCCGCAGAAGGGAGGUGGCACGGUGCUGUAUCUGGUGCCUAUGCGCCUCAGCUUUCUCGAGUAUCCGCCUAUCAACCUGUCGCUUUUGGCGUCUAAGACCACGGCGCUGCAGAAUCUGCUGCGCUAUCUGAAGCAGACACAGUCACACAUGGUUAGCGAGUGGAAGUCGACCAGGGAGCUGCCAGGCAGGUUCAUGGCCGGGGUAAAGGACGAUCUGAAGAAACUGCCGAAUGGGAACAUGACGAUAGUACAGGCUCUGUACCACACCGUGGUAACGGGUCACGUCUAUCCGCCCGUGAAAGAGUGGCUGGUGGACACCGUUGGUGAUCGAGGACACAAACGUUGGGAGAAGGCUGUGGUGUCUGGCCUGACCAGUCUCCGGGGGUUGGUGCACGAGAACUUCAUCCCAGCUCUAGAGAGAUGCGGUGUCAUCCUCAGCCGCCUACUCGGGAUUGCUCGCUUCCAUGGCUCCGACGAGAGCACUGGAUUUGAUGAAGCCCAGAUCAACAAGCUCAUGGACAUCGUUUCGUGUCUGAUGAUGGUGGCCCAUAAAGUGCUCACGGCGGUCAUGGACGAGCUGGAGCACUUCAAUGCCUUUUCGAUCUGGCUGCGCCUCGAGAUUGACAAGCAAGGGUCGUCGACGGUCAGCGAGGAGCUCUUGGAGAAAGAAGCGACAAUGGACCACCCUAGAGUGUUGCUGUACAUCCAGUACUACUUGGAUGGGAGCCCUCUGGCACUCUUUUUCGAUGAGGUCGACAAGGAGGAUUACAUCAAGGACCAAGAGCUAGUCGAGCCCGGCAUAUCUCUUCUGGAUCUGCUUGACAAACAAUUGCAGGAACAGGCCGCCUGCCGGCCGUUUAUGAAGGUCCCGCCACGGGUAGACUUCUUGCUCAACUUUUUGUCGUCGAGGGCCAAUUGCGUCUUGAAAGGCAUCGCCGACGCACAGAAGGAGGGUGUCCAGUUCGGUAGGGCGACCGAAGUGUCCAUCGGGAGUAAGAUUUGGAGGCAUGACGUCCAUAUGAGUCGGCCUACCAAGAAGGAUGGCUCAUCCGGUGUAUUCGUGGCGAUAGUGCCUGAAGACGACAAGCACAAGGUAUACAUCCUCCGGUCUCAUGCCCCGGCCGAAACUGAGGCCACUGGUCCGGCGUCGACGGCCUGUGGAAUUGGGCUGCCGCAGGGCCUGACUAUCGUGGACUUCAAUUUUCUCGACGACAAGUACCUCCUGGUGCUAUGCACUCAAAAAGAGGAACCAAAGUCAAUUGUUGUCCGGAUCGCGUAUCAGUCGGCCCGUAUUCGCUACGAGGAGUAUACAGUGGGACAACGGCCCUCAACGUUCCAGCUCGACGGUACAGGCAGUGAGGGAAUCAGCUCAUGUUUCGCGUUCACCUCCAUGUCUGGCUUCACUCCUAUCCGGAUGGAGGUUCAGAGGGCGAGCAAGCUCCGUGGCGAGAUAGCAGCACGCGUCUGUCUUCUUGGGCGCGAUAGGGCCAUGUACAAGAUAUAUGAGCUCCCAGAAGAGAAUCAAUGAUUACAACUGCGUAUUGAUAUUUCGGGGUGGAGGGGAAUGAAGGGCUCGACGGCGGAGAGAUUACGGCGCUUGACUUACCUAAAACGUAUGCUAUGGAGGAAAGGGACAUGUGAGGCCUGUGCGGCAAUGACCGGUAUUGGGUUUAUAGACAUUGUGAAAGCCUCUCACUACCAACAUUAUUCCGACACCGCCAGGUCAGAGAA